AUGGCCACCUUUGGAGGCGGAAAUGCGAACGACGCCGCGGCCACGACGACGAGAAGGGGAAGCGUACCCCUCGACGUCGACGGCUACCCGGUCGCGCCCCCGGGGCUCGAGCUCACGCAGGUCCACAUCUACGUCCGCCACGAACUGGAUGUUCUGCACACGGCGCGGCAGCUGCGCGCCGCGGUCGCGAGCACCGACGCGGACGGGCCUGGGGCGCACGAGGGGCUGCCGACGCGGCGCGUCGUCGAGCGCGCGGAUGGGACGGCGGAGGUGGGCGAGUGUCUUCUGGGCGAGUUGACGGAUGUGGGCAGGAGUUUUGGUAGCAACCUGCGAAAGCUAUACGUGGACCGGCUGCGCUUCCUGCCCGACGUCGUGCGUUCCAAUGAUCAGGUUUACCUUCGUUCCACGAACAUGCCGCGCACGAUCGAGUCUCUGCAGCAGAUUGUUCAUGGGCUGUACCCGGCGCAGAAGACCGUGGAGGGCUACACUCCUCACAUCCGCAUACGGAAUGCGAAGGACGAGAACCUGUUCGGGAACACGAACUCCUGCAAGCGUCUCCAGAUUCUCCAGAUAGGAUUUGCUCAGGCCGCUGCUGCUGCUUGGAAUAAAACGCUCGAACCUCUCGACAAGAAGAUCUCCAAGUACAUUGACGGCAACCCUGUACGACUGGAUGGCAAGCCUAGAGCAUCGGGUAUCCUCGACACUAUUCGUGCGGCAGAUGCGCAUAACGUCAACUUCCCACCGGAAUUCAAAGAGAAGGGAGUGCUGGACGUGAUUGAAAAAGCCGUCGUCACAGAAUGGUUCGCUGGGUACGGCACUGAGGAAGUUCGCAGGCUAGGAAUGGGGCCCCUCCUAAGCGAUCUCUCGCGCAAGAUGCAAGUUAAGACUGAGAAGGGUGAUGCUGACCCCGCCAAGAUUUUGGUACAUAGUACGCACGACACCUGUCUAGCAGCGCUUGUGAGCACACUUGAAAGCUUCGAUAACAAAUGGCCAGCGUUCACGGCGGCCAUUACCUUUGAGCUGUUCAAGAAGCGCGAGGACCCCGUCGUGCCGACUACCGCCUGGCAAAACAUCAUCACUGUACGCCAGAUCAUUUACGUCCGCGUGCGGUACCAGAACCGAAACCUGCCCCUUCCGAUGUGCGCCGAGGAAGGCAAGCAUCUCCCUGGUUCACCAGAGUUCUGCACAUUUGCUGCGUUCCGCGAGCGGGUGAAGAGCUGA